AUGAAGGCCACACUUUGGCGGCAAGGAGUUCAACAGCAGAAGUGGAAAUUCGGCACUGUUAAUAAAGAUGAUUCCCCUAUUGGCAAUACUGCUUGCAAUGGCCCGAAUAACCCCAACUAUAUAAUCACAAUCCCUUUUAGUGAUGUAUUCUAUGAUCCCCAAGUUCCUUCGAUUGGAUACACACCACUGCCUCCUCCUCCUCAAGAAUUGAUGAAUGCCUUGUUUAGUAUAGAUUUAUAUGAAGUUCAACAGAAUGUUUUAACUUACCAACAAAUAUAA